AUGGCCUCGCUGGACCUGCCUUACCGGUGUCCGCGUUGCGGGGAGCACAAGCGUUUCCGGAGCCUGUCAUCUCUGCGGGCGCAUCUGGAGUACAACCACACCUACGAGACUCUCUAUGUCCUCUCUAAGACCAACAGCAUCUGCGAUGCCACCGUCUUCCCCCUGGCACCAGACGCCACCUUGUUGACCCCAGCCACCCGCCGAGACAUCUUCGAGAGCACUUCCUUCCAGGGGAAGGAGCAGCGCUUCACCUGCGACCUCAUCCCCGCCGACGAGCAGGAGCCGUCUUCGUCGCCAGUGUCAUCCCGCUACAUACACGAAAUCGAGAUCCCACUGACGGAGAUCUUCACCCGCAAGGCCAUGACCUCGGCCUCCACUCCACCUGCUGCUGCAGCCGCCGCAGUGGCCGCAGUGGAUGCGGCUUAUGAGGAAGGUUUGACCCGCCUCAAGAUCCGAGCUUUUGAGAAACUGGAAGUGGACAAGCGCCUGGAGAAACUGACCGAAGAAGUGGAACAGAAGAUUGCCUCGCAGGUUGGCCGGCUUCAAGUGGAGUUAGACAGGAAGAGCUCGGAGUUAGAGAAAGCCAAGCAAGAGAGUAUCAGGCUCAGCCGGGAGAAGCAGGAACUGGAAGAGCGGGCUGUGGAGCUCUCCCGGCAAGUGGACGUCAGCGUGGAAAUGUUGGCUUCCCUCAAGCAAGAUCUGGUACAGAAGGAGCAAGAGCUGACCCGGAAGCAACAGGAGGUGAUCCAAAUCGACCAGUUCCUGAAGGAGACGGCGGCCCGCGAAGCCAACGCCAAAGUGCGCCUCCAGCAAUUCAUCGAAGAGCUUCUGGACCGGGCCGACCGAGCUGAGAAGCAGCUCCAGAUCAUCAGUAGUAGCUGUGGGACCACCCCCAAUUGCAGCCUGGGGAGGUGCAGCGUGCCUGGAUCCAAGAGCACAGGCAGACCGAGGGACAGGCACUCUGUCCCAGGAGCCACGGCCCACAGCUCCUACGCAGUUUCCAACCAGAGAUCAUCUUCCAGCACUGGGGCCUCCAGCCGUGCCAAAGCCGCUUCCCAAAGUUCAGGUUGCUACGACAGCGACAGCCCCGAACUCUACCAGGGGGACGAGAAUGCCGACGGAAACCACUACCAGAACCGAGGCCCGGAUGGCAGUUUCGACAAGCCCGGAGGAGUACGCAGCGCGGGCCUGCGCCGGCAGGCGAUCCAAAAUUGGCACCGCAGGCCGUACCGCAACAGCACUGAGGGGGAGGAAGGAGACAUCUCUGACGUGGGGUCCAGGACUACGGAGUCGGAGGCUGAGGUGUGGGAGACGGAGGCCAGGCUCCCGCCCGAGAUUCAGCCGGUGAAUUUGGCCCGGCCCGGCAACAACUCCAAGUUACCAGCUCGGUCUGAUGGGGGAGGCGGAAAAGCCAUCAGGCCAGAGAGAGGCAGCCCGGCUCGCUCCAACGAGGUCAUCCGCCCCGAGAUCCUCAAGAUGCGAGCCGCCCUCUUUUGCAUCUUCACGUACCUCGACACCAAGACUUUGCUCAGGGCUGCUGAGGUUUGCAAAGACUGGAAAUUCGUGGCUCGACACCCUGCCGUCUGGACCCGGGUGCUGCUGGAGAAUGCCAGGGUGUCCUCGAAGUUCCUGGUAAUGCUAUCACAGUGGUGCACCCAAACGCACUCCCUCACCCUUCAGAACCUCAAACCCCGACAGAGGGGGAAGAAGGAGACUCGGGAGGACUACAUGAAGAGCACACGGGGCUGCCUGGAAGCUGGCCUAGAGUCCUUGUUAAAGGCAACUGGGAGCAACCUCUUGAUCCUCCGCAUUUCUCACUGCCCCAACAUCUUGACGGAUCGUUCCCUCUGGCUGGCCAGCUGCUACUGCAGAGCGCUUCAAGCCGUCACCUACCGGAGUUCGACAGAUCCUGUGGGCCACGAGGUCAUCUGGGCGUUGGGCGCAGGCUGCCGAGACAUUAUCUCUUUACAGGUGGCUCCGUUGCACCCUUGCCAGCAACCAACACGAUUUAGCAACCGCUGCCUGCAGAUGAUCGGACGAUGUUGGCCGCAUUUGAGAGCUCUGGGCGUCGGGGGUGCGGGCUGUGGUGUGCAAGGGUUGGCUUCCUUAGCCCGAAACUGCAUGCGCCUCCAGGUGCUGGAGCUGGACCACGUGACGGAGGUGAACCAAGAGGUGGCGGCCGAGGUUUGCCGGGAAGGCUUGAAAGGGCUGGAGAUGCUCGUCUUGACGUCCACCCCGGUCACCCCCAAAGCCUUGCUGCAUUUCAACAGUGUUUGCCGGAACCUGAAGUCCAUCGUGGUGCAGGUUGGGAUUGCCGAUUACUUUAAGGAACCAAACAGUUCGGAAGCCAGGAAGAUGUUUGAGGAAAUGGUUAACAAGCUUCAGGCCCUGAAGAAGAGGCCAGGCUUUUCAAAAAUCCUACACAUUAAGGUGGAAGCAGGUUGUUAA